CCCCCUCCCCCCGGCAACCCCCGCACCUGAGGCGACGCCCUCCCUGCCAGCCCCUCGGCCCCCUUCGACCUCAUGGGAAAGCAGGCCUUCUGCACGCUGGUCUACACGGACUCGUAUGUCCACGGCGCCCUGGCCCUGGCCGGGAGUCUGCUCCGACUGCAUGGGUCCCCCACUGCGGACGGGCUCGUGCCCACCCUGGCCCCGGAGCAUAGCACCCGCCAGGCGGUGACCGCCAGCGUGCACCAGCUGGCCGAUAUCCCGGUCCUGCCCCGGUAUCCGUCUGGUGACAGGCCGGCGCCGGCGGAGACCGGCCCCCGGCUGAAGGCCCGGCCGGCCCUGGUGGCCCUGGUCGGACCCGGGCUCAAGGACGAGUCGCUGGCCCUGCUGGCGGUCUUCUUCGACCAGGUGGUCCCGGUUCCGGAGCACGACUCGCGCGAUGCGGCGGCACUGCAGCUGCUCGGGCGCCCGGAACUCGGCGGGACCUUCGCCAAGAUCGAAGCCUGGAACCUAACCGAAUAUGACACGGUGGUUUUCCUGGACGCCGAUACCCUGGUCCUCCGGCCGCUGGACUGCCUGUUUGCCGCGCCCCUGGUGCCGGAUGUGGGCAAUGUGGCCGCGGCGCCGGACAUCGGCUGGCCGGACUGCUUCAAUUCCGGUGUUGUGGUCUUGCGCCCGAGCGCCAGCACGUAUGGCUCGCUGUUGGCACGGGCCGCCGAGGCCGGGGCCUCCUUCGAUGGCGGUGACCAGGGCCUGCUCAAUGACUAUUUCCUCAACUGGCAGCGGCUCAGCUACCGCUUCAAUGUGGUCCCGACCGAGUUCUACUCCUACUCACCGGCCCUGCGCCGGUACAUCCGCGACAUCUCGGUUGUCCACUUCAUCGGCGCCACCAAGCCCUGGAACAAGCCGCGCCCCAGCACCCAGGACCAGGUCGAUGCCGCCAGCUCCCCGAGCGAGGCACUGCACCUGCUGCUCGAAUGGUGGCUCGUCUACCAGCGGGUGGUCGAGCCGGUCCUCCGGGCCAUCGGCCACCCGGCGGCCCUGGACGACGUCCUGAAGGCCGCCAACAUCCAGGCCCUGCGUGCUCGUGCUGCCAAGCAUGGAGCCCGGUUGUCUGGCCCGGAGGCCGGCGGCCACGGGCCCGGCGGCUCGAAUGGCGGCCUGCGCGGCGGCUCGCUCGCCACCCGGCCAGCACCCAUCAACCUGCACGACCAGAUCACCCGGAGCAUCGACCAGUCGGCGGCCCACCUGCAGCAGGAGAUCUUGCGCGUGCUCCAGGAGACCGACAACCCGGAGACCCUCUUCGGCCGGGACUCGCCGCUCCAUGGCGGUCUCAAGCUCCUGGCCACCCUGCUGACGCACAGCUGGGCCCCCUCGGAUCUGGAGCAGCUCAUCAACAGCUGCCCCACCUCGCGCGAGCGUGACGAGCAACUGUCCGUCAUUUUGGCCGCUGUGCGCAUCAUGAACGGCCACAUUAGCGUGGCCGGCACCGAGGCCGGGGACCUGCUUAGCCCGGUUGGCGGCCCGAACCGCUCGCGGAAGCCCGGCUGCCCAGACGACCCGGCCGGCGCCAAGGGCAAGCCCCCCGCCGAGAAGCUGGCCGACCUCCUUUCGAUGAUCCCCAUCGAGAACCUCCAGCGCCAGGUCCAAAUCCUGGUGGCCAUUCUCACCCGCUGGCGCGUGUACUAGUGUCCCCUCUGCCUUCCCCCGCCCCCCCCCCUCCUGGCAAAUGGCUCCGCUUCUUCUUGGCACCGCCAUCCAUCCUUGCCGUCCGCAUGUGCGGCCUCCUCCGUCCAGGGGUAACGCGCGCACGCGCGCGGCUCUUCACCAGCAUCAAAGAGGGCGCGCAGACGCACGCACGCACGAAGGAGCGAGGGGGGCGGGCAGGGAGCGCAGGUCGCGGCUCCGAGAUGCAGCGCCCGGUCCCCCUGUCCCCCCCCUCCGCGCCUCCUACCUCCCUUUCACGUCGCCGCCUUUCUCUUCUACCUCCAUUCCCUCGAUCCCACUGCCGCCCUGGCUCUUGUAGCGAGCCACUGCGACGUCUCCCCUCUCCGUGGUGGCUCCCCGCCCCUCGCCCCGCCCCUGCUCAUCGCCGGUCCUGGAUGUGGGCGAAGGCGGGAGAGACCGCCGCUGGGGCGCGCCGCCGCCGCCGCUCGGGCGGGUGUCGGUUCCCCCUAGUUUUCCCGGGGCCCGACACCUGCGCCAUACCCCCCCCCCUGCUCGUGUUGUCUUCCUCCCGAUGCCCGGCCACGCCGUCCACAGCCGCUUUGGCUCCUCCCCCGCGCCGUCGGCCCCGAGACAGCGAGAUUCCCCACGGCGGAGCCAUGCCAUCCCACACGCGCGGGCGCAACCUCUUCGCUCGGGGCUCGGCGCUCGCCACGAAAGGCGGCCAAGGAGGGGAGGAAGGGCGACAAAAAGCGCGAGCAGAAGCGAGAGGGCCUACGCACUUCCCCAUGUUCCUUGCCACAAUACACCACACUCGAACACAUA